CUGGGCGUCUCUCACCAAGCCACGCUCACUUAUGGAGGCGAAUGAAGCGUGCGCUGUCAUUACUGUGACCUUACAGCCGCGCUCUUUUGUGGGAUUAUUCGCGUUUAGACUCGGACGGCUUUGUGCCGAGCCCGAAAGACGGUUGCUGAGUAAUUUUUGUAGACUGCCAAGUGAUGUGAUAUGGAGUGGACUUUGGAUUGAUGGACAGGAUCUACUCAUGUGUGUCUGUUUGUAGGGCCACAUCUGACACCAGUCUGAGAGGACAAUUUAAUAAAUGUUGCUUUACCGUCUGGCGGCUGUCGCCAGCUCUGCAGGACCUACGGACCUCCAUGCUGCAGGUCUCUUCUCUGUGCCCAAAUCAGCGCUUCCACCCUUGUUCCCGUACACCCCUCCUUGGCACUGUCUGUUAAUGAGACUGGAGCUUUUACUGAAUUCUUACUGUGUCCAUAGUGUUCUUCACACGCCUGCAUACGUAUUACACAUCACCACAGACUACAAGUGUCCCUUGGACGAAUUCAGGAAGUGUGUUUUAGUGGCCUCCUCUCCUUCCUCUACGAGGAAAUAAUCCAAAUGUCGAUCAUUUCUCAGGACAUCCCAAAACACUAAUUCAGGACUUUUUUUAAAAAAAAAAUAUAAAUUAUUAUUCUUUCUAAAUAAACAAUCCAAAUCCAGAAAAAAAAAAAACCAUCUUUUAAAGUGCAUGCACAAUGAGCUCAGACAGUUUUCAGUACUGUGCACUGUAUGAGUACAAGCGAGAGAGAGGAGAUGACAUCUCUCUGCAGCCUGGAGAUCUCCUUACUGUCAGCAAGCUAGCGGUUCUGACCCCAGAGUACCAGGAAGGAGAUGAGAAGAACCCUUCAGGCUGGCUCCAUGGCACAAAUGAGCGCACUAUGGAGAAAGGUGACUUCCCGGGGACUUUCGUGGAAUACGUUGGGGUUGUGCAUUUGGGCCUGCCUGCAGGAAAACCCUGGCCUAGACCUGUUCCCCCAACCCCUGGAGGACAUCAGACACCUGUAGGACCUCAGCCACCAGGAGCCUGCAUUUCAGGGGGCUGUGGGUUGGGGGAUUCUCUGGAGCAGUGUACCGUUCCGGACCAGGCUCCAGCCGUGGUGCUCAGGCUCACUGAAGCGCUGGAGAGACCGGGCUGGGAAAAUGAGCCUCUCUACAUAACCCAAUUAGCUCCCAGUGCACCACUCGACCUACAACAGGCUCUGGAUACAGACCCCGCUGCAGUGGAGUGCGAGCAGUAUGACUUGGCCGUGUUGGCUGAUACUCUCAGGGCUUACCUGCAGGAGCUGCCAUGUCCCAUCAUCCCAUCUGUGCUCUACAGUGAGCUGGUCUACACUGCUCAGGAAAUAGAAAGUUUGGAGGAUUGUGGUCAGCAGAUAAGGAGGAUCCUGGACUCGCCCAGUAUGCCACAGUCGAACCACCAGCUCCUGGUCUAUCUGACCCAUCACCUCAGCAAAGUGGCUCAGAGCGGAGGAGCCGCUCAGGCCAGCGCCAGGUUUCUGGCUCAAGCCUAUAUCGAGCCUGUCUUUAAACACAGCCAUUACAGUGCGGAUGUGAACCCUGAUCAUCACGUGAAGAUUCUGGAAGCCCUCAUCAUUGUGGGAGGCCUGACUGAGAUUCAAGCUGCUCCAGCUCUUCCUCCCAAGCCGGCCAAACCCAUGACUCCUGUGAACAGUAACGGUGUGAAGGAGGCUGCAAGCUCAUUGCAGGAAGCUGAAUGGUACUGGGGAGACAUAUCAAGGGAAGAGGUGAACGACAAACUGCGAGACAUGCCAGACGGAACCUUCCUGGUGCGGGAUGCCUCAACUAAAAUGCAGGGAGACUACACGCUAACUUUAAGGAAAGGCGGCAACAAUAAGCUAAUAAAGAUCUACCAUCGCGACGGAAAAUAUGGAUUCUCAGACCCGCUUACAUUCGGUUCGGUGGUGGAGCUCAUCAGUCACUACAGACACGAGUCUCUGGCUCAGUACAACACGAAACUGGACGUCAAGCUCAUGUAUCCCAUCUCUCGCUACCAGCAGGAUCAGCUGGUGAAAGAAGACAACAUCGAUGCUGUAGGGAAGAAACUCCAGGAAUAUCACAAUCAAUAUCAGGAAAAGAGCAAAGAAUAUGACCGACUGUAUGAUGAAUACACAAAGACUUCGCAGGAGAUUCAGAUGAAGCGCACCGCAAUAGAAGCCUUCAACGAGACCAUCAAGAUAUUCGAAGAGCAAUGUCACACACAGGAGCGCUACAGCAAGGAAUAUAUCGAGCGCUUCCGCAGAGAGGGCAACGACAAAGAGAUCGAAAGGAUAAUGAUGAACUACGCCAAACUCAAAUCACGACUUGGGGAGAUCCACGAAAGCAAAAUCCGCCUGGAGCAGGACCUGAAGACACAAGCUCUGGACAACAGGGAGACAGACAAAAAGAUGAAUAGCUUAAAGCCAGACCUUAUCCAGCUAAGAAAAAUCCGAGAUCAGUAUCUUGUCUGGCUAAAUCACAAAGGCGUACGUCAGAAACGAAUAAAUGACUGGCUGGGCAUCAAAAACGAGAACACAGAUGAUACUUACUUUGUGAGUGAAGAGGACGAGAACCUGCCACACUAUGAUGAGAAGAGUUGGUUUGUUGGGGAUCUGAACCGCACACAGGCUGAGGAUCUUCUUCUGGGAAAGCCAGACGGAGCCUUCCUCAUCCGGGAGAGCAGCAAGAAGGGCUGUUACGCCUGCUCUGUAGUUGUGGAUGGAGAAGUGAAGCACUGUGUGAUCUACAGCACGCCGCGUGGUUUCGGCUUCGCUGAGCCAUACAACCUGUACAGCACUCUGAAAGACCUUGUUCUGCACUAUCACCAGACCUCGCUGGUCCAGCACAACGACUCGCUCAACGUGCGCUUGGCCUACCCCGUCUACGCACAGAUGCCCUCAGGCCCCCGCAGAUGAGGCCCUGCCCACUCCAACACACACAAAACAAUAUACAACACAACAAACACUUGCUGCAACACACACACAUAUACACACACAUAUACACACACACGUCAGCCACCUUCGGAGUUCUAUAUUUUUACUAGAACAAUUUGGAGGGCAUUCUUUCUAAAGACUGCUUGAUUUGCACAAGGAAGUUUUAAAUGUUUGUGAAUGUGAAAAAAAAAAAGACAGAAGGAAGCAGAAGAGGCGAGUUUCAGGUGACCCACGCUGCUACCUAAACUCCAGCUGGGACUUUUUUCAUGCUUCAUGAUUUAAAGCUUUUUUUUUCUUCUUCUUCUUCUUCUCCUUUAUUCUUUGUCAUUGUCAUUCAUUUGUACAUUUUUUUCUUAUCCCAGUGUCCCAACCUCCUUUACUCAGUGUAAGGCAGGAAAAUAUAUAUGUUUAUUUCUUCAUUCUCUCUGUCUCUCUGUCUCUCUCUCUCUCUCUCUCUCUCUCUCUGUCUCUCCCCUUUUUCUCUCAUUGUGUGUAUGCUGAAAAGGCAAAUGUAUGUAGCAAACAGACGCCUGACACUUUCCAGAGUGUUUCUCACAGUAACUGCUGCUGAACAGGGGAUUGUGGGAGGGAAUGGAACA